UGUUACGCCGCUUCCGCGUGAGUCACGUGGCAGGUCCUCACGGAAGAGGCAGCAGGGGAACCAUAUGAGGGAACAGCAUGAGCGAGCGCUUUGACUGUCUGACCCACGUGUACAGAUGUUUCGUCUCGGGGUCGCUGCCCAGCCUCAGUCCUGCAGGUGUGGCCGGUGUGGUGUGUGGAGGGGGGGCGUCUCGCGGCGAGGACAGAGCGCGUGUCCCGGCUGAGGAGCGUGGUCAUGACAACAGCGUGGACGUGACCUGCAUCAGUGUGUCUCUGGUGGAGAUGAUGACCUGUCUGGCUUCUCCGAGGCAGCCUGAACCGGCAGCAGAGCUCACCCAGUACUGUGUGGACACCCUGACCCUGUUGCUCCAGGACAUGGAUCUCAUGACACAACUGGUCCAUCAUUUCAAGAGUGAGGACCAGAUUGUCUCUCAUCUGGCUGCAAAGUGUGCAUCAACAUGUGUCGUCUACCAACUCCUAAAAUCUGGUACAGUCAGUCCGGUCUGGCAGCAGAAGUGUGCACAGGCCUUUCUCAGCUCACCGCCCGCUGCUGAGUUGGACGCUUGGCUGUGGUCACUGACUGAUGUCUUAAAAAGACUCCUCAAGGCAGCUCAUCAAGAGAUCCUCGGGAGACUUGUGGCCCUUUUUGACUCCAGCCUCAGUGCUUUAUUUUCAAAGUUUCUCCAUGAAGACCAACAGCUUUUGAUGGACUCUACCAGCAGCCGACCCUGGGGGACCACGUUCUGCCUCCUGCUGGACCUGCUGGAGGCACUGACUGCAUCCAGUUACAUCUCCGGAACUGAAGGUGUUCUGGAGAAUCAGAGAUUAGCCCACAUUCACUCCUCAGCGCUCCUCACUGCGAUCAGCUGCUCCUCAGAGUAUUUUGUGAAAAAGCGAGCUUUACUGCUUCUGAAGAGAGUAAUUCUUCAGAAGGCUGGGGAGGACUGGGCUUCAGAAGAUGUGCUGUCCGCCGGACAGAGACAUGGUCGUUUCAACUCAGAUAUGAACAUGCUAGCUCAGACUGUGUUAGCAGCAGUGGCUGCUGAUUGGUUGCAGAGUGUCCAAGUGGGAUCUGUCUCUUUCUUUGGGGGGACCAGACACAACCGAGGGGAUGAUGAUCAGAAACCAGACUGUGUGAUGUUGAGAGGUGUCAGCCUGCUUCUUCUCAAGUCCAUGGAGCUUCAGACAAAAACAGCUGGGAGAACAGCAGAGCAGGACAGUUCCACAGAGGUUUACGGGUAUCUACAGAGUCUGUGGGGCUUUCUGAGGCGGUGCAGUGUCCAGCUCACUGAAGUCACUCACCUCUGCUGCUGGGUCAGUCUGCUGUUUGGCGAGCAGGACGAUGACAUGAUGGAGGCAGCUAAAGCCUUGCUCUCCAUAUUCCUCCAUCACAGACUCUGUUCUGGCUUGGAGGAUUUGGCUGAGCUGGAUGCAGCCUGCUCCUAUGGCUGCAACCCUCACUGCCACUUCCUGCUUCUACUCCGGAGUGUCUCCUUCGAUCACAGCACCCUCCUCGACUUCCUCAUCUCCUCUGAGACCUGCUUUCUGGAGUACUUUGUGCGGUACCUCAAAUACCUCAAAGCAGACUGGCAGGGUUUCACUGCAGCAUGUGAAAGAGACACAGAGUCACACUGUCAUGUUUCACUGCAGGAAUCACUUACUCGCUUAUGUGGUGGUGAUAAACCUGCACUAACCUUUAAAGUUCAGCCAGAACAAGAUGAAUCUAGCUCCUGUGUUCAGCCAACAUGGGUUUUUCCACCAGUGGAAGGGGUCAGUUUGGGCAGUGGGCUUCGCCUUGUGGAGUAUGACAGCUCUGAUGAGUCUGAUCCUGAGAGCAUGGAGAUUUCUGAGGAUGCCCCAGGGGCGUCUAUUAAACGAAGAAGGGGUGCACCACCACCAUCAACCAGACAGAAACACUAUGAGCCAUGUGACUCAUCAGGAUAUCUGAGUGUACAUACAUCGACCCAGGAAAGAAGACCAGAGGGGCUUUCACCGCCAAGUUUACAGAGCAGGCAGAGAUCACAUACUCUGUCAGGACAGGGCACCUGUGAAACAUUAGCCAGAGUAGUUGCCUGUCUGUCAGAGCUCAGAGAGGUAGUGACCAGGCUGCAGACAAAGAAACUCUUCCCAUACAACCCUUCCUCCCUCUUAAAAAUCUUAGCAGGGGUUGAGAUUUGUUCCCAGCAAUCACCUCCAUCAUAGUUUAAUAGAUGAUAAAAGCAAAUGUGUGUUUUGUUUUGUAAUGUGAGGUGGCGUGGAAGCUUAUCUAGUGGUUUAAAGGUUUUAAUAAAUGGUAAAUGGUCUGUAUUCAUAAAGCGCUUUUCUAGGCUUGAUGACUAUUCAAAGCACCAUUCUCAUACACACACACACACACACAGACACACAGACACACACACACACACACACACACACACACACACACACACACACACAUACACAAUCAUAUAGGGUUAAGUAUCUUGUCAAGGACACUUCGGGAUGCAAAUGGGGAAGACUGGGAUCAAACCGCCGACCUUCUACCCUCAGCCACAGCCCAUGAGAGUCUUGUGCAUAUUCUACUAGAAAUUCAAUGAAGAAGGCUGCAGUAGGAUAGUUAAAAUAAUCUCUUCCCUAACUUCUAUUCCUUGACCCCAAUGAGAAACGUCAGCAGGUCAAGGAAAGAUGUGAAGGAACAGCAGUAUGCAGUAAGUAGUUGGGAAAGAAGAUAAUAUGACUCCAUUUACACUUUAAAAGAAACUUUAUUUAUAACUGAAGAUACACUCAGACUGUAUGGUACAGUGUUCAACUCUGAGCUGUGCACCUUCCAUUAAAGUGAGGUUACCUGUUUAAAACAAAAUGACAGAGACCAGAUUUUUUCAGUUUACUCAGAGGAAACAUUUAAACAUCAGUUAGUCAAAAGAACUAUCUAAGAUCUAAUAAUAGAUAUUAGAAAUAAAAACAAAAUAAACAUGACUGAAAUGUUGAACUAAUAUAAUAACAUGAGGAAUAUACAUGGAGAUAACCUUAUAUAAGUGGGGGAAAAAGGUUUUGUUGGUAUUCCACAAUCGGACUUCUAUAUAUACUAAUGUUUAUAAUUUGUAUUUAGUUCAGAUGAUCAUAUUGUGUACUAUACAUUUGUGUUUGUUGUUUACUAGGACUCCUGACUGGAUGGAUGUGACAGAGGAGAAGUCAGGAGUUCUGGCUGGUGCCACGACCAUAAAACAGCUGUUUGUAUUUAGCUUUAUUUACCACCUCAUUGACGUGGGUCUAGUGUAACUAUAAGGUUGCUGCGUUUUGAAUAUUGCUGCAAUUAAUUGUGGGAUGGCAUUUUCUCCUUUCCUUUCAUCAAGGAUGGUUCAGUGUUCCCUAUGCUAAAGGAGAUAAGUUAGGAAGCAUUGAAGCUCCUCUGCUUAUGAUUUAGAGAAUUCAAACAGCUCUUAUUAUGUAAGCCGCUGAAAUACUUCCUGGUCAUUUCACUCAGGAAUCAAACUAACUUUUCCUUGGCAUCACAAACUAUAUUCCCAAAGAUGCUUUACACACUCAUAACAAAUCAUUGGGCAUUUUGAAUUAUGAGCAUGAGAAUGACCCCAUACUUGCGCUAUGCAGAGGGCGCCGGUUGAGUAGGCCUGUCAUUGUGGCUGUGUGACACACAAGCGUACACACUACUAAAAGAAUGUGGCCAUUCACUGACCAGACCACCUACCUUUCAUCCAGUGCAUGCUGGAGCAGGCUAUUGGGUAAGGAGGAGAAAUAGAGAUGAAAUGAACCAACAGCAGGUUACAAAACUUAAUAAAUACACCUCUUUAUGGGCUUUGAUUGGUCAGCUCUCUAUGUAUCAUGUGUGUGUUGAUAUGUUUCAGUAUCAAAUGAACAUUUUAAGAUAUGUAGAACAUGCAGACUAUUUGACAAACAUUUUUAAGUGCUUAUGUUCUCCUAUUAGGGAUUUUCCAGGUACCUUUCCGUAUGGCUGUCAUGCUAAUUAUUAGUUAGAAGUGUCAUUAAAAGGCCCCGUUGAUUUAGCUUGACAAGUGAGUACCAGUGCCUUGUUUGCUGUCAGUCUGCACUCCCACCCUAAACUACAAAGUGAAGGAGCUGACAGUGAAACCUCUCACGGUCGGCAAACAUUCUUAUAUAGAGUGGCUUUUGUCCAUCAGGAUGGGAGGCAUCUGUGAGCUUCUGGUCGUCUACAGGUCUCUCCUACUACAGGGUUUGAGUCUGAGGUAAAGCUUGGCCAAUGAAGGACAGUCCAGUCCGAAGCUGAUACAGCCUGUUCAAGGCAGAAAUGCAGAAACCUUUAUUUUGCCUGCGUUCUGUAUAAAAUGUACUUACACACAAUGGAGGAGUAUUGUUCUGACAAUAAGGCUGCAGCAGGGGUCGUAACAGAGCCGUACUGACAUCUUUGUAAAAGGAUGACCUGGGACCCUAAUGGGACAUAACACAAACAUGCAUUUCUCUUUACUUCAGUCUUUAACUAAAUCUUGCUCUUGUCCUCACUAUUGUGCUUUAAUAAUUGUUAUCAUUUACUUUCUUUUCUGUUUUUAUGCAUUUGUUUUUAUUUAAUUUAUUUUCUUGUCUUUUUAAUUUCCUUUUCUUUCAAAUGUAAUUUCAAUAUGUUCUUAUGCUACUUGAAACCUGUUCUUUUAUUUAAAUUACAUUUAACCUUGUUUUUAUUUUUGGUGAACAAAUUAUAGGAGCUAUACAAAUAAAGUAUUUUAAUUAUUAUUAUCAUUAUAAAA